AUGUGCGAGGAGGCCACGACCCUCAGCCGCAGGGCGAGGCCCGGGGGGCGCAUGGGGGACGCUACGCCCGCCCCGGGGAACUGGACAGGCAUGUGUGUGCAAGUGAAGCCACCCCUGCAGGGCACCUUCCAAGUACUUCGUGGGGACGGUACUUCUGUGGGGACUGUCAUCGUGUUCCACUGCCCCUCGGGCCACCAGAUGGUGGGGUCUGGCCUCCUCACCUGUGUCUGGAAGGGGAGCAUUGCUGAGUGGUCUUCAGAGGCCCCCAUGUGCAAGACUGUGCCUCCCUAUGAAACCUUCGGCUUCAAGGUGGCCGUGAUCUCCUCCAUCGUCAGCUGUGCCAUCAUCAUGCUCAUGUCCAUGGCCUUCCUCACCUGCUGCCUCAUGAAGUGUGUGAAGAGGAGUGAGCAGCGGCGAUCCAACAGGGAGGCCCAGCUGUGGUUCCAGCUGAGAGGCGAGGACUUAGAGACAGUACAGGCCGCCUGCCUCGGCCUCAAGGGCCCCAGCAACAAACGCAGCAUCAGUGGCGAGUCCAGGAUCCAGCCCAUCCAGGCUCACGACAACCACAGCUUCACCACAGACCUUGGCGAGGGGACCAGAGAGCUGGCCAGCAUGGCCCGAGGCAUUGACAAGGACCCCUGGACCCCCAGUGGCCCCACCAGCUCACCACGUGCCCAGGUGAUGGUGCAUACAGUGAACCCAGGGCAGAUGCUGCCUGCCUCCAGGCCAACUGUGGGAAUGCUCAGACAGCCUGCAGCCUAUGUCCCGGGGUGA